AUGAGUAAAGGUACUAGCAAACAAAACAGCCGAGUGAAACAAAUCGGGGAAGAUAUUUGGAAAACUCAAACAACGAAAAUCAACAGUGAGUUGUUCACGUUGACUUACGGAUCAAUCGUUGCGCAAUUAUGCCGUGAACAAGGAUAUAAUUAUACGAAAGUGAAUGAGAUUCUUUAUGAAAUGGGUGAUAAUAUUGGUGUCCGGUUAAUAGAUGAAUUGCUUAGUAAGGCAAAUCUAGAAAGGUGUACAAGUUUCAAAGAAACUGCUGAAAUAAUUACGAAAAUUGGAUUCAAAAUGUUCCUUAAUAUAGUGCCAAACAUUACGUAUUGGAGUGCUGACGGGCGUACAUUCCAAAUGGUAUUGCCUGAAAACCCAUUAGCCGACUUUGUUGAGUUACCGGACGAUGGUGAUGACAUUGAGAAUGAUUGUAAUCAAGAGUUAUCAAUCAAUGAGCAACUCUCUAAUUUGAAUAUUGAAAAUGAAAGUGGUGGGGAAAUCAAGAGACGUAAAGGAUUAGCUCGCAAAGACUUAUGGUACAGCAAUAUACUCUGUGGAGUCUUACACGGUGCUCUUGAGAUGGUCCAACUAGACUGUCAGGUGACUUUUGUAAGUGAUGUCUUACGUGGAGAUCCAAGCACAGAGAUUCGUGUUAAACUCCUACAGAUACUAAAGGAUGAAAUACCGGACGGUGACGAAUAG